AAGCACAGUACUCGACGACACAAAUAAUCUAAGCUCACGUCUUCCUUGCCAUCUCUGUGUUCUCCUUGAUCAUUGCGUAGCUUUCGCUGUGCCAUUAAGUACUAACAGGCCUCCUUCGGCCGACCUUUCUCUGUUAAGCUCGUACUCAAUUUAGCCAGUAAAGGAAGCAGCACAGCCUAAGAAGCAGCUUUAUAUAGUGGAUUAAAGCCAUGCCUCUUUUUGCUGCUCCGCUCAGUGUGCAUUGGAUGAAAGGGUAUGGAGAUGAAGUCAAGGAAGAAGAAGAAGAAGAAGAAGCCUUCACGUUGCAUGGAGCUUAUCUGCAAUGUGGCAAUCAAGGAAGAAAAGAAAUAGGGAAGUUGCAUCCGCAUAUAAAUUUUGUUGGUCCACGUGUUGGAAGCAGCGAUCGUCAACAUUCCUUCUUUCUCUCUUCCCCUCAACUGUCUCCCUUCAUUUUGGAACACACACCAUUCCCUUUCCUCUCUCUCUCUCUUCUCACCAUCUUCUUCUUCCCUUUGUAGUGUCUUCUUCACCACCAAUGGAUCCAUGGGCGGAACUCCGAAAAAUCUUAGAACACCCAUUGCCGGAAAAGUCCAUCUUUAUGCGAUCUCUUUCGUGGAAGGAACUCCGACUCCCCGAUUCCAUCAAUUCCUUCGACGUCUUUGGCGCCGGAAUCCACUUCAAGGAACCAAAACCAUUGCCGCCGCCCAAAGAUCCUUUCUCAGACUCCAAUACUGCAAUCGAAUCAGACAACGAAGCAAUCAAGGCCAAAGACUCUCCGAGGAACUCUUCAGAGCCGCUUCGCGACCCGGAAGAACGCGACCCCGAAUGCUCAUCCGACGCUGAGUACGAGGCCAAAAGAUCAAGAAGUGAGGAGGAUGAGGAAAUGGGGGGGAGGUUGUUACUGAGGAGCCGGUCGGACACCGGGCUCAUAGGCCCGGAUCGAUUCCCCCCGCCGUUGUCGACCAUCGGGAGAGGGGUGAAGCCGUGGGUGUGCCUCAAGUCGUUCAAGAAAGAUGGGAGAUUCGUCCUCAAAAAGAUCAGAGUCCCUACGCAGCAGUGCCUUCAAGCCACUAGGGAAAAUGGCAGGCUCAUGCUGCACUUGGCGCAGGAAGAAGACGAUGCCAAGACCGAAUGGAAAGACCGAAAUGUAGAGCGACAACCAGAGAAAGAAGAGAGAGCAGAAUAACUAUAUUAUUAUAUAGGGAUCAGUAGAUUUCUGAU